AUGGCUAAGCACGAGAUUAACGUCAAGGCAAUCUACUACGCGUGGUGCACUUGUUUAUAUGCCCUCAUGCGGUACCUGGGUAUUUUCCCCCGCGAUCCGUUGUUACUUAUUGGUGCUGUUAUUGUCUCGUGGUCGACCUCCUUGCCUUUGACAUCGGUAAAUUGGCUCUACGACCGCGUGUUCGAUGUUUUCGAUGAACCGCUAGCGAAAAAUGUGACAGCUUGGAUCAAUGAAAGAGCCUACCCAGGCGGACUCAUGCAUUUCUUUGGCUUGUUCGGCUCUGAGUAUAUAGUCCCUACGGACCACGAGGGGUUAGUUGAGGUGCUGUCAACUCGCUCUUACGACUUUGAGAAGUCCCGUGCCUUCCGGCGAUACUCGGUCCGAUUCUUUGGAGAUAGCCUUGUCACUCAGGAACAGGAGGUGCACAAUAGAAACCGGAAGACCUUCAUGCCCGUUUUCAAUCAAACGAACAUCAACAUUGUUCGCCCUCUGCUGACCGCCAAAUCGAGGCAGUUCAAUGAAUAUAUUUCCUCACUACUCAAGAUGUCUGGUGAAGGCCAGAGAAGCAGCGAAGGGAAAGGGACAGCUGUUGUUCCCGUCACGGACGUUGUAUUCAGAGCUACAAUGGACACUGGAAGCAUUCUUGCACUUGGCAUUGACCUGGACUCUGUUAAAGGCCGGAACACACAUAUAUUGCAGGCCUUCAAAACCUUGUUCGCCAGCAACCGUCAGAAGAAGAUACGAUUUAUCUUACACAACCUAUUGCCAGGCUGGUUAGAUCAAUUAGUCCCUUCCACGGAAGAAAAGGACAUGGAUAAAGCAAGGAUCCUCCUUGUUGAAAGCGUCGUCAACAUGAUGCAAGGAAAGCUGGCGAAGAAUGAAAGAACAGGAGACCAUCUCACUUACCUGUCCAAUUUGGAACAGUCGGGUCCUUUCAAUCACGAUGAAUACAUAGAUCAACUAAGAACUAUCAUUGCUGCAGGUUUCGAAAGCUCCGGGGGUUCGCUCUCCUUUGUCAUUUACUGUCUCGCGGCCAACCAAGAUGCUCAGCAAUCUGUGCGCAAAGAGUUACGCAACGCCAAGCGUGGCAGGAUGGAGCUUGACGAAGACGAGUACGAACGGCUUCCAGUCCUCAAUGCGGUGGUCAUGGAGUCACUGCGCCUUUUUCCCUCUUUCGGGCUACUGCUUCGCAGGGCCAUUCGCGACACUACUAUCAAAGGCCGCUGGAUUCCCCGCGGGACGCACAUCGGUAUCUGUCCGAAGGCAAUCAACUGUAGUCGUGAACUUUGGGGAGAUGAUGCGGAGGAGUUCAACUUUGAACGGUGGAUUGACCGCUCCGAUCCACAUAAUCCCACACAGGUACCCACGGGAGGUGCUCCUAGUACUGCAUGUAUGCUCUCCUUUGGAUACGGAACGCGCAGUUGUGUUGGAAGGCACUUGGCGAUGGCGCAAAUCAAACGACAAAUAGCGCUGAUUACUGAACGUUUCUACGUUGAGACUGAAGAUGAUAAGGUUCCACAUCCUUCAGGAUUGUUUGCCUCCACCCCACCCCUUGAUUUUCGGCUUAGGUUCACCGAAGUGGAGUAA